AUGCUUCCCAGACUGAGGACAAGUGGCUUUGUACGCAGUCAGGAGCGUGUUGCCACAACCAAUAGUACAGAUGAUGAGAGUCUACUGGACAUUGAGAUGGAUGGCAGAGAGAAUCCAAUCCGUUACUUGGAUGCUGAGAGAUCCACUGAUGGCAAGGUGGACCAGCUAGACCACUCUCAUG